AGGAGUCAAGAGUGUCAGUGACCAGCUGAGGUCCAUGUGAGCUUGGUCUUCUUAUCUGGCUGAGAGCAUGUACAAGAGGAAUGGACUUCCUGUCAGCAUCAGCGUCACCUCUGCCACACAGGACAGUAGCAGUUCUGAGUCGUUGAACUGGGCGAGUUCGGACUCAGCCAAGAGCUAUGACGCAGUGGUGUUCGAUGUGCUUAAAGUGACACCUGAGGAGUUUGCUGGCCAGAUCACUUUGAUGGAUGCUCCUGUAUUCAAAGCAAUACAACCCGAGGAGCUGGCCAGCUGUGGAUGGAACAAGAAGGAGAAGCACAGCCUUGCACCGAAUGUGGUGGCCUUCACCCGGAGGUUCAACCAGGUCAGUUUCUGGGUGGUAAGGGAAAUACUAACAGCACACACUUUAAAGAUCCGUGCUGAAAUCCUCAGUCACUUCAUCAAAAUUGCCAAGAAGCUGCUGGAGCUGAAUAACAUCCACUCUCUGGUAUCAGUGGUGUCAGCCCUACAGAGUGCACCUAUCUUCAGACUUAGCAAGACCUGGGCGCUGAUAAGUCGAAAGGACAAAGCCACUUUUGAGAAGCUGGACUUCCUGACAUCAAAAGAGGAGAACUACACCCGGAUGAGAGAGCACAUCAGUUCCCUUAAAAUGGUCCCAUGUAUUCCUUAUCUUGGCAUAUAUCUGUUUGAUAUGACCUACAUCGACUCUGCCUACCCAGCCAGUGACAGCAUUAUAGAGACAGAGCAGAGGACAAAUCAGAUGAACAAUCUUCUCCGGGUCAUCUCUGACCUUCAGGUGUCCUGCCAUUAUGAUUACUUGAUGACAUUACCACAUGUACAGAAGUACCUGAUGUCAGUGCGCUACAUUGAGGAACUGCAGAAGUUUGUGGAGGAUGACAAUUACACGUUGUCUCUGAGGAUUGAACCAGGGAACAACUCACCUCGUCUUGUAUCUUCUAAAGAGGACCUGGGAGGGCCGUCAGAAGAGUCCGUGUCAGUGAAGUAUAACAGGAGGCCAACAUGUCCUGAUACCUCAAUUGUAAGCCAUUUGCCUACACCACCACCAGCACGGCACAGAAAGAGCCACAGUCUGGGAAAUAACAUGAUGUGCCAGUUUGGAGUAGCGGAAAGUAAGAGUGCCACUUUCUAUAUAAAGAAGAAGACUCGUCAUCUACUGGACGACAGCUUCUUAGAGUCACACAGCCCUGUCAGGAACCACACGCAUGACUCUGUCUUUACCAACGGCAUCUCAUUAGGCAGUAGAGAAAGCUCCUUCAGUGAUGAGUUGUCAUCUGCUGUCGAAAGAGGCCGUAUGUACGCUACAUUGGGCCCAAACUGGAGGGUUCCAAUUCGUAACUCUCCCAGAGGAAGAAGCUAUGUUUACAGUGCUUCAGGAACAGUGUCCAGCUAUGAUUUUAGCUUACUGAGCAGUAUUACCAUUGAAGGACCUCUACGAAGGAAGACUUUAAUGAAAGAGGGCAAAAAACCAACACUUUCAUCAUGGAAGCGGUACUGGAUCGUUCUGUCUGGCUCAACUCUUAUAUACUUUGGCUCUAAAGCUUUAAGAGCAAAUGAAAGAAGACAUUACAAAUCCCGGCCUUGCAAGAAGAUCUUGUUAACCGGCUGGAUAGUGGUGCUGCCUGAUGACCCUGAGCAUCCCAACAUUUUUCAGCUUAAUGACCCUGAUAAAGGUAAUGUUUACAAGUUCCAGACUGGAUCACGCUUCUCUGCCAUCAUCUGGCACAAACAUCUAGCUGAAGCCUGCAGGUCUACAAGGCCACAGAUACCAGCCAACUUAAUGUCUUUUGAAUAGCUGCUACAAUCAGUAAGGCUGAGGGGGCAGUACCAAGGAAUUUCACAAAGAAAUGAACAAUAAGUAAAAUGAAAUCGUUUUAGUGUUACAUUUUACUUUUUCUGGUGUCUACACACAGCCCUGUUGAUCAGGGUGCAGUAUUUAAGUUAAUUAAUUAUUGGGCUCUGUGCAAUUUGAAGGAGUUGUGUAGAAGAUGCUGAGGAACAAUGAGCUAUAAGGAAAACAUAAUGAAACUAAAAUUUUAUAUUCUGAGAGGAAUACACAUGUGCAAAGGUCAACACAGAAGAAUUGCAACUUGAGUAAAAUUACAGACAGAUGUGUUGCAACAUCAUAAAAAACAUAAAUGUCCAAUUUGUUUAUGUAACUACUUGAAUUCAGUACCAGUUUCAUCAUGAUUAAGCUCCACAGGGACAUCUGAAGAAACUGGAACUAAAAAAAGAAAAAAAAAUAGCCAUCAAAUUGCUGGAUUAAUCUUACCCAGAUUUGGAAAACAAUACAAGUGAUUUUUUUAAUAUUAUCUUUAACAUAUUGUGGUGUCGACGAAAACAGGGACAAGACCACAAUAUGAAGAGCCAGUGCUCUACUCAUUUAAUACUAAACAUUCAAAGUGCUGUGUUUAAGAUGUAUAUAGUUUAGUGUACAAAUGAAUACUGUCUUAUUUAACUGUUUUUAUGUGAUCAAGUGCCAAAAUUACAAUGUUUGCAUUAUUAUGAAUCACAUUUUGUUGUUAUGGAUUUAAAAAGUAACAGGAAAGGACUGUGUAGUGUAUUACUGUGUAGAGGUAUUACAGCAAGGAAAAAGUUGGAGAUGGAGAUGGAAUUUGGAAUUCUGUAAGAGAAAUAAUAUAA